CCCUAAAUGUAUUUUUACAGUUUGCCCCCUCGAACUCCUCCGCCUCUCGCAAUGCCGCCCCUCUUCGCCUCCGCUACCGCCACCCGCUUCGCCGCCCACUGGGUCGCCGACGCCCUCGCCGGCGACGAGGCCCUCGACUUCUCCGUCCUCAAGGCGCUGGUGGGCGCCUCGCCGGAGUGCCUCGCGGGCGCCCCGGAGGCCACGCGGGAGAGGGUGGCGCUACGGUGCCUGCAGGAGGUCGCCUCCGCCGCCGCCGCCUCCGAGGGCGAUGCCGCGGCGACGGCUGGGGUGCUUAGGCUUGACGCCGCCCGCUCCUGCGAGGAUUUGCUGCUUGAGCUCAUCGGAGAGGUGCUUGCGACGGUAUGCAAUUUAGAGGUCAGAAGUUCGGGAAAUUUGGAGAAGGAUAUGCUUCCGCCAUUCAGUCAAGACAUCAAGAACAUUAUAUGUAUCAAGAAACCUACAUUACCAGAAACUUCAUUUGAGUUGCUCAAAGAAGUUGACCCAGAGAUCACAUCUAUGGGCCCAUCAUCCCAAUUGGAGCAGAAUGGCACCAACCAAUGUGACCAUGAUCAGUCCUUGUUCAGCAGCCACGAUCAUGUAAAUAUAAAGAAGCCUAGAUUCCCUACAGACAAUGCUGGGUUUCAGCAAGAGACUUCAGAAGAUUUGGUCGAUGAAACAGAAACAAGAAACCUCCAAAAGGAUCCAAUUGCACCAACAUCUGUGCACCAACCAUGUACAUCUGACAGUAGGUCCUACGAUUGUCUGCAAGAAGAUAUAGGUGCUGUUGGUUUAGGUGCCAGUUCUCCAGAAAAGAGUCUUAUUGCGGAGGGGAACAUGCCAGUUGGAUCUGUGCAUGCUUCAGCUAGCUGCGAUACAGCUCUGCAGGCAAGCAUUACUGAACCCCUGUCCAAGCAGGAUACGGAGGAUCAUGCUACCAUGGUUCAACCACAAUCUCAUAGAGAAAAAUCUCCAAAUCCACCUCACCAUAUCGAUGGAGAGAGGCCACAUGAUGGUGGCGCCAGUGAUCAGUCAUCAAAGGAUCCCAGCCAUGAAUGGCUGAGCAUGCAUGCUACAGUAGCUCCAGCUUUUGACAGAAGCAGUGAUGCCUUACCAGCAAAUGCAUCUGAACCUGGGCACUUGCCUGAGUUCAUUGCUGCACAGGAUACAACCAUGAUUUCGCAACCUCACAGCAGAAAAACUGAUCUGAGUGCUCUGCAACAUGAAAGUGGUGAGAAAGUAAAUCAAGAUCUGGAUGAUGUCAGUGCAAGUAUUCAGCCAGUGAAAAAGGAUCAUGUUCAUGAGGAGGUGACUCUGCAAGCAGCUAGCGCUUUACCUUCUGUAAGCUGCAAUGGUGCUAUACAAGGGGGUAAAUCUGAAACCAACCAUCUGCCAGGGAAUGCUACAGAGCAUAAUAUGGUGUUUGAAGAGCAGAAUGGUGACAAGUCUCAUCUAGAAGUGAGUGGUGCUGACAAAGUUAAUCAAGCUCUACAUGAUGAUGCCAGUAUCUUGGAAAAGGAUACAGUCCAUGUUGGGCUGAAUGUGCAAACUGUUCCAAUGUCUCAAAACUGCAAUAUAGCCCUACAUGGUAAAAUUUCAGAAGCCAAUUAUUUAUCUGAGCAGAAUACUGGAAAGAACAGAACUGACGUUCAGAAAUGUAAUAGCAGUAAUUCUGUUCCAAACUCUGCUCAGGAUGGAGAUGGAAAAAUUGCAACAAAGACAUCAAACAAGAAAAAUCUUGGGGAUACUUUUGCGGAAAUAUCACAUGUCCCUUCCUCAGAUGAUAGUUUAUGUGACACUGCUGCUGCUGGUCUUCUGUUGAUGAUUAACAAAAUGGCAUUCUCGCCCGAGGAUCAAGACGCCAAGGAUUCCCUUGGGGGUAUGUCGCAACAAGAUUUGUGCAUAAAAUGUGGUAAAGAUGGUCAGCUGCGGAAAUGUAGUGGCUGCUUGUUAGCCGCUCAUGAUGAUUGUUUCAGUUCAUCAGUGGCAUUUGUAGAGACCGACCUGUUCUACUGCCCAGUAUGCUUCUAUGCGAAAGCCACUGAAGCAUAUCAAAAAGCAAAGAAAACAUAUUGCGAAGCUAGAAAGAACCUUGCUGCUUUCCUUGGCACACCGCAUUUGGUCAGACAACAUGAUGAGCAACUAACUGGAGUUCUGCCAAGAGCUGCCAACGGAGAGGGUCAUUUGAAUUGGUGUGAUCCAUCAAUGAGAAAAAAUAUCCAUCAAAAUGAAGCAGAUAACCUUGCUCAUCGUGAUGAAGAGCCUGAUCAGCAGAGGAAGAAGCAGAAAAUAAAUGCUACAGAUAGUGGUCAUCCUAAGGAGGUAGUCACUGAGAAAGCGUCCCCUUCUCAGAGUGCUGAUGUUGCACCCAUGAAUAAACAUUCUGUACUUCAGAGCAAUAGUAGCAAACGAGUUCAGGAUGCAGAGAAACAGCAGCAAGUGGAAAGCAAAGAAGCUGGUAGUGGCAAUUCAUCCCAUGAAACAAGAGGUUUAUCUCAGAACAGAUGUGGUCCUUCUGCAAAUCAGGAAGUUGAGGCUGACAAGGAGGACGAUCAUACAAAUUCUCACCAACCUGAUGAUUCUGAUGAAAUAGAAGCUACAUCUUCAAAUAACUCCUCAGGCAAGCGAUCCUCACCCCUUUGGCGUAACAUGAGGCACAGCAAAGCAGGAUUACAAGAAAAGGAUACAGUGGUAUCAAGUAAUUCUAGAAAAACUAUCACGCAGCAGGACCAACACAUACCUUCUCCAUCGAGGAAAAGAAAUUAUGCAUAUCCACACAAGCGUUAUUCCAAUCCUGUUGCACCAACUGGAAGGCGCUCCAAGCUCUGUUGGACGGAAGAAGAAGAAGCAGCGUUGAGGGAAGCAAUGGCAAAAUUCACCCCACAGGACGAUGGGCCAAUUCCAUGGGUUCAGAUACUAGAAUGCGGCAGGGAUGUGUUUCACAGGACACGCCUCCCAUGUGACUUGAGGGUCAAGUGGAGGAAUAUGAAGAAGAAAGCGUGCCCUUGAUGCUGACAAUCUCACAUAUAAUGCAGCCAUUGUGUCAUGUUAGUCUAACCCUUUCUUCACCCCUUUGAGCCCAUCCGUUGUCAUUCCCCAUGGAAUUAUGUAAAUAGUAUGUGCUAACUACUCGCUGCAAGUAGGAAUGGAAAAUUCCUUAUGAGUGAAAUAUGUAGCAUGAAUCAUCUGUCAACUAUGGGGGCUCCAUUUGUGUUGUGGAGGUGGUAGAGAUAUGUAAAGAAACUGUGCACAGUUGCGCAAGUAGCUUACAGGUACUUUUGGUCCCAUGUCACACUCUUCCGAAAUUGGCAGGUUAUUGUAAAAAGAAAACAAAAGAAAUGUUUAUCCUU